CUGGCAUUCCUUUGCCCGAGCCGAUCUGCUUUUCCACUGCGCCAUGGUCAUACCUUUGCCCGCCAAUGAGAGCAUCACAGCUCUGCCGGAUGAGGCCCGGCGGCUUCUCGCGUCCACCAAGUACUUUGUCUUCGGCCUUUGGGCCUUCAGCAUCGUCCUGGGCAUUUUCUCACCUUUGAGUGCCAUUAGCACUUGGUGCCUGGCCAUUUUCGGGACUUAUCUUCUUCAUGAGGACCCGCAAAUGAGCUCCUGCUAUGAUGCAAUCCGCUCUAGCGCCAUUGGCCAGUGUUGCGGCACCGGUGGACUCAGGAUGCUGAUGCCUUUCUUCCUGUUGGGCUCCAUCAACUCCAUGGUGGAUGCGGCAUCCCUGAUCCAGUUCUUCAGCACCUACGGUUGGAAGACCUUCGAGAUGAUCCCAGUUGACGCCCUGCUGGGGAUUUUCCUCUGCGAGCUGUCCUGCAGCAUCAUCAGCUACCGGGUCUUGAAGCUGGUCUUGCCCACGGGCCCGCUUGCAGAUGGCUACCAGGAGCUGGCGAACGGGCCGGCGCAAGCAGGUCGUCCGGGUCGGCCCUUGGGCGGCGCCGGGCCUGGAGGCGUGGUGCCGCAGCAGCCUGCCUGGAAGCCCUUCCAGGGAACCGGCCACAAGCUGGGCGGAUAGGCCAAAGGGGUUUCUGAGCCGAUCGGCCGAAAGGGGCGUGAGCGAGCCUUAGCCGGUGAAACGAUGCUCACCAUGAAGGUCCUCUACUUGACAUUUUGGGAUGUUGGCCA